AUGCAAAGUAUUGCGAUCCUCGUUAAUAAUCCUCCGCUACAAUUGUGGUUAUAUCGAAGUAUAGUCCACUAUUGUGUUACAGUAGCAAACAGAAUAAUAACAGACGAAGAUAUAAGAAGAAUCUUAGAAGAUUCUGAUGAUGAAGACGGGAUCGUGGAAUCAUUGGAUCAGAAAGAAGACCAAGACAACGAAGACGAUGAAGAUGGGGAAGUGGAAGAAGUCGGGCCAGUGAUUGAGGAAUCUGUAGAAAAUAUUGCUAGAGAGGUGCAGCAUAGAAGUGUUCCAGAUCCUUGGCCACAAGUCCACAUAGAAAAUACUAACUAUUUUGACAAGUCCAUGAUCCUAGGGUUUAGUUCGCGGGCUCUGGAGCAAACGUGCGCGGCGCUGGAAGGUCGACGUGUGGCAGCUUUGCUGGUCUGUGGAGGCGGGGCAGCUGCCGCCGCUAUGGUGUCGACCGCCGCACGUGCUGGGGUCCCUGUAGUACGCGCCUCUCCCUCCCAUCUUCAUCUUUCCUAUACCAUUGCUAAUGAAUUGCUGCCUUUGGAAAUUCGACUGGAGAUAACCGCAAGAGAAACAUUGCAUGCACUAAGAGCCACACUCCUGCACACACACUGGCAUUCGUUUACUUUGCUUGCCGAGGAAGCCAUAUACUCAACGCUAUCUCUGAGAAAGGAUCUGUCUUCAAUUCUUACCAGUCAACCCCUUAAUCCUAAGUGGCUGUCUCUUCCUGCGAAGUAUACUCGACGCGCUAUUUUCAGGCGUCUUGCUGAGGUUUCAAGGUUAACAAGGGGUGUCGUCGUUCUUAUAUGUGACAUACAUUACGCUAAGCUUGUAAUGGAUGAAGCUAAACGACUCAACAUGCUCGAAGGACAUUUUUUUUGGAUAUGGAUUGACGCUUCUAGAGAGUUUGAUGUCUUUCAUAAUGUUGGCAAUCGAACAUUUGGUGCAGAAGACACUGAUUCGAAAUUUGAAAGUUUUAAAAAUAAGAAAGAAGCAUUUGUUGAUGACCAUUUUAAGCGUAGAAAGCGAGAUGAUGCAGACAAUAAUUCAGUAGAAAAUGGUGAAACUCCAACUGAUGAGAACAUGAAUAAAGUUAUUGUUAAGAAAAAUAAGUCAUCUUUUAGAAAUAGUAGGAAAAAAUCGAUUUUUCGUCGUGGUAUUAGGAAAACAAAUAAAUACGAAACGCACAUAAGUAACAAAUUAUUAUAUAUAAAUUUUAAUCAAUCGUAUAAUGGUAGUCGCAAUACUAGUAAAGAAAGCAUUAGAAAUUAUAAUGUAAAUAAUAAAGGCGUUGAAACUUCUAAAAUCGAAAACAAUUCAAUUGAGAAGGAAAAAAAUACUUUCCUGGAUAGAAAUAAAAGUAGAAGGACUAGUUCUAGCAAAUUAAAAAAUGAAUCUUUUAAUAAAUAUGUAAAUAGUAUAAAUGUAAAGGAACUGUAUGAUUCUAAAAAUAUAUUGUCAGAUGGUAAAAUUGUAAGUAGUAUUCAUAGUACAGACGUAAGAGAUAAUGUGUUAUUUUCAAGUGAUAUUAGUGAUUUCAUAAUGAAUCCCACGGUGCAUACUUCUACAAUGAAUAAUCUAGGCGAUAGAAACAAGAAAUACAUACAAGAUCACAUGGAACUAGAAGAUGAACCUAUCCAUAAAGUGAACGAUAAUGUAACAGCAAUAUUCAACUCGUUGCCAGUUGGUUUAUUGGCAUUACAUCCCCAACCGAUGAAAAUUGAUGAAGUGUUCACGCGAGCUGCAGUAGAAAUGAUGGUUGGCGCCCUUCGUCGGGUGUUACGUGCGUGUGACGUGUGGUCGGCUCAGGCGCAGUUUUUUAGUGACGCGGCUGCAUCAUGUUGGGAUGAACCUAGUGAUGCUGCUUCAGAUUUUUCUGUGGAAUUCGUAAGGCAAAUGCGGAUAUCUGCAGCUGCUGCACUAGCCGGAAGUAAAGACUAUCCUGAACUAGCUCUAACAGCGACAUUUUCUUUCUUGAAUUUGGUACUAAAUCCUACUGGUGGCAACAAAUGGAGACAAGUCGGCAGCAUCAUAGGCCGAGCUGUUAGACUACACACCAUUGUAUGGCCUGGAGGCCGUCUUGUCGCACAUGGUCAAUCAUCAGGUGCACGCACUAUUUUUCGUGUAGUCACAGCUUUAGCUCCACCUUUUGUGAUGGAAGGUGAACUGGAUGAAGACGGUCAGUGUCUACGAGGGUUACUUUGUCAUCGACCACAAACUUCUGAUCGUGAUAAUUUGACCUUAGUUUUCAAUGUAUUAGAAAGGGAAAGUGAUCAAGAAGCAGAUGAUUUCUUUUUUCCAACAUCUAAGCCCACUACAAUAUGGAAAAUGGUUUCUCAUUGUUGUUACGGAUUAGCCAUGGAUUUAUUGGAAAAUAUUGCCCAAGAAUUGGAAUUUGAUUUUCAUUUGUAUAUUGUAGAGGAUGGUCUUUACGGAUCUAGAAAGUUGGUAAAGCCAUUUCGAAAAGUGCAAAGCAUAAACCAUAUGGAUUAUGAGUCUUUAUCAAAUGGAAAAGAUAGUGACUUUUACGAUCGAGGUUUUAAUGGUAAAUCAGAAAAAGCUAAAGAACCCUAUACGUAUUAUGAAGAUUCGCGUAAGGAUCCAGAGAAAUGGGAUGGUAUUGUUGGCGAUUUAGUAUCUGGAGCUGCCCAUAUGUCAUUUGCAGCUCUAAGCGUGUCAGCUGCACGAGCUGAAGUUAUCGAUUUUAGUCAGCCGUAUUUUUUUAGUGGUAUAUCAAUAUUAGCUGCUCCUAAUCAACGAGCUGAUAUACCUUUAUUAGCAUUUUUGUUACCCUUUUCACCAGAGUUGUGGAUUGCAAUAUUUACAUCACUAAACGUGACCGCCAUUGCCGUUGCAAUAUAUGAAUGGCUAUCUCCUUUUGGACUUAAUCCAUGGGGACGGCAAAGGUCAAAGAACUUUAGUAUAUCCAGUGCACUGUGGGUUAUGUGGGGUCUUCUAUGCGGACAUUUAGUCGCAUUUAAAGCACCUAAGAGUUGGCCUAAUAAAUUUCUCAUAAAUGUUUGGGGUGGAUUUUCUGUAAUAUUUGUUGCUAGUUACACUGCCAAUAUUGCAGCUCUCAUAGCUGGUUUAUUUUUUCACAAUGCUGUUGAUGACUAUCAGGGAAGAAGUAACUGGCUGUCUUUACGAGUUGGAACAGCUAGAUCAUCGGUGGCAGAAUAUUACGUUCAACGGAAUAAUCCACAGCUGGCACAACAAAUGCGUCGUUAUGCCCUUCAAGAUAUUGAAGAAGGGAUCCAACGGCUUAGGAAUGGAACUUUGGACCUUUUGAUAGCCGACACAACUGUUUUAGACUAUUAUCGUGCCACAGACCAUGGAUGUAAGCUUCAAAGAGUCGGAGACCAUGCUCUUAUUAAGGAUACUUACGCUAUUGGCAUGUCUAAAGGAUUUCCUUUAAAGGACAGCAUAUCAGCUGUGAUAGCGAAGUACUCAUCUAAUGGGUACAUGGAUAUUCUUACAGAAAAAUGGUAUGGAGCUUUACCUUGCUUUAAGCUUAGUCCGGAUUAUGGAAUACAACCAAAGCCUCUCGGAGUAGCGGCGGUAGCUGGUGUGUUUAUUCUUCUGGGUGUGGGAAUGAUCGUUGGAUGCCUUAUAUUAAUUUUAGAACAUCUUUUUUACAAAUACACCCUUCCCGUUCUGCGACAUCAGCCGAGAGGAACUAUAUGGAGAAGUAGAAAUAUUAUGUUCUUUAGUCAGAAACUUUAUAGAUUUAUAAACUGUGUGGAACUCGUAUCACCUCACCACGCAGCACGGGAAUUGGUCAAUACUAUUCGUCAGGGACAUUUUACGUCGUUAUUUCAAAAAAGUGUGAAGAGGAAGGAACACGAACAGCGUAGAAGGAGAAAAAGUAAAGCACAAUUUUUUGAAAUGAUACAAGAAAUUAGAAGGGUUCAACAAGGUCGAGAUCAUUCACUGGACUCCAUUAAGGAAAACGUCGCAGUUGAAACGUCAGAAGUUUCUGAAGAAAUAACAGAGUCAAAGUUUCUAUCUCCAUCUCCCGAGGUUUCUUCAAGUCGCUCACCACGCCAAAGUAGAUCCCCGAGACAACUUCGCUCUCCACGAAGCAAAAGGAAAAGAUGUAGCUUGGCUGGACUAAAUGUUCGACGAUUUAGCACAGAUUCUGUGUUAGGAUCUGAUUCAGCAUCGAUUUAUGAGAAAACUAGUCUUAAUAUCGGUAGACGAUUAAGUCGUGACGUAAGUUUUUUGACGAGUUCUCCUCCAGAUAUUAAUACUAGACUUCGAACGCCAUCACCAAUGGUGAGACGACCUGAAGGCUCAUCAACUAGGUCCUACCAAGAUGUAUCAGAUUCAUCGCGAAACUAUCUGACUAUAGAUGCUCCGAGCCAUAGAGCGAGUGUAGAAAUAAUGGUAUCUCAAGAGUCUGAUGUUCCACCGGCCCCUCCUUACCCAAAAAUAUCUCCAACAGGUGGCAGAUCAGAACUAUCUCAAUUAUCUGAAGACGAACUCAUAAGACUUUGGAGAAGCUCAGAGAGGGAAGUUAGGGAAGCGCUAUUGGCAGCCUUACAAGAAAGAAGAGCAAUUUUAGAUCCAAAACAGGAUCCAGGC